CCUGAGGCCGCUGAGGUCGUUCGUGUCUGUUGAACGGCUGUGGGAGUCUUGCUGCCUUGGGUAGGGGGUUAAAAUCGUUCUUGAGAGGAACGUCUCUGUGCGAAGAGAUAAUGAGUUUAGCUCUGAGAAGUGAGCUUGUAGUGGACAAAACAAAGAGGAAAAAAAGAAGAGAACUGUCUGAGGAACAGAAACAAGAAAUUAAAGAUGCUUUUGAACUAUUUGAUACAGACAAAGAUGAAGCAAUAGAUUAUCAUGAAUUAAAGGUGGCAAUGAGAGCCUUGGGGUUUGAUGUAAAAAAAGCUGAUGUACUGAAGAUUCUUAAAGAUUAUGACAGAGAAGCCACAGGGAAAAUCACCUUUGAAGAUUUUAAUGAAGUUGUGACAGACUGGAUAUUGGAAAGAGAUCCCCAUGAAGAAAUACUCAAGGCAUUUAAACUAUUUGAUGAUGAUGAUUCAGGUAAAAUAAGCUUGAGGAAUUUGCGACGUGUUGCUAGAGAAUUGGGUGAAAACAUGAGUGAUGAAGAACUUCGAGCUAUGAUAGAAGAAUUUGACAAAGAUGGUGAUGGAGAAAUAAACCAAGAGGAGUUCAUUGCUAUUAUGACUGGUGACAUUUAAAGAAUUACAAGGAUAAACACUAAGAAUGUUGCAGUUACCAUCUUAUAUUCUAUUUUUGUGCCUGGAGCCAUGUGAAAAAAACCAACUUAGUUCCUUUAUCCUAAAGGACCAAAAAUAAGCAUCUUAUAUAUCUGUAUUUUACUACUGUUAAGUUUCUUUGUAUGAACUGUGUUGUUAGUACUCAGAUAGUUUAGCUUUGUAUUUAUAAUAGAGCUUUUAUAUAAAGUUUUAAAAAUUGAAUAUGUGAUAUGUGUUCUUUGAAGGUUUUUUAAUUUAACAUUUAUAGUCACUUUUUAGUGCACACAUUUUCCAGACUUUCGUUAAUAAAAUAUUUAUUUUAUUAGAAUUUUAAA